CUGAACAAAAUGAAGAUUGACGUGCACCACCACUUCUACCCUCAAGCCUUCCGCGAGGCCCUGGAAGCGGCCGGCGGCGACCCCUCGGGCUGGUACAUCCCCCCAUGGACGCUGGAACUCGACCAGGAGAUCAACCACACCCUCAACGUGACGACAACCAUCCUCUCCGUGACUGCCCCCGGCCCAGUGAUUGCCAAAGAGCCCGCCGCGGCGGCAUCACUGGCGCGGGAGUGCAACCGCUCCGCCGCGGCGAUCCGCGACGCCGCCCCCGCCCAAUACGGGUUCUUCGCCUCGGUGCCCUCGCUCUUCGACACAGCGCUGGCCCUCGAGGAGAUCCGCUACGCGCUGGACGAGCUCCACGCCGACGGAGUCACCCUCUUCACCCGCUACGGCCAGGGCCCCAACUACCUGGGCCACGAGGCAUUUGCCCCGAUCUGGGCGGAACUCAGCCGGCGGCAGGCGGUGGUGUUCAUCCACCCGACGCACCCGCAGGAUACCGCCCUGAUCAAUCCCGCCCUGCCGCAGCCGAUGUUCGACUACCCGCACGAGACGGGGCGCACCGCCAUGGAUUUGCUGACCUCGGGGCGGCUGCGCCAGCACCGCGGCUGCCGCGUCAUCCUCUCCCACGCCGGCGGCACCUUGCCCUACCUCAUCCACCGCGCCGCCACCAUGCUCCCCUGCAUGCCCCCGGACCGUAACAUCGGCCUCAGCCGCGACGAGAUCCUCGACACCGCCCGCGAGCUCUUCUACUUCGACACUGCCAUCUCCGCCAACGAGGUCACCCUCUCCGCCCUGGCCCGCUUCGCCAAACCGGGUCACAUCCUCUUUGGGAGCGACUUCCCCAACGCGCCCCGGGAUGCCAUCGUGCAGUUUACCCGGUUCGUGGAGGAGGAGGCCGCGCUAUUGCCGGAUGGAGUUACGGUCGAGACGCUGAAGGAGAAUGCGCUGCAGUUGUUCCCCCGCCUGAAGCGGGCGGAGGCCAAUGAUGUUUUCUAAGAUUUAGUACGGAGAUAAUACGUACUAGGCAGUUGCUUGGCAACCCUUGUAAACGUAAACCUGUUUAUGC